AUGAGAGCGCGCCCAACAGCCAUCGCGCAGGCGCUCGCCCGCGACUGGAGCGGACAAUACCACGUCAGCGCCAGCACCAGGCUAACAAGGCCACUCUCCACGACACAAUGCCGCGCCACUCGACACCGUACGCGCCUCGAGAUUCCUCCCCCGUUCCCAGUCACAAAGACAUGUCCCGAGCCGAGCUGCAACUGUCCGCCGACACCAGAGUUGCCCGAGGGCCUGCCCAUUGACCACGAGCAAGCGCUGAACGGGACCAUGGUAGCCUAUGCGCAACAGCUUGUAGUCUGCACCGGACAGCGGGACUGGACGAGUCGAACUGAGGAUGACGGGAAAGAUCAAGGUUGGGGGAAUCUGGUGCGGGGGUUGAAGAAGUUGAUGGGUCGUGGAGGGCCAUAUCUCGAUCCGUUCAACAACAUCCUCGUCACAGCCUCCUCCAUCAAACCACAAACAACAAACCCCUCAACAGCCUCAGCCCUUCUCUUCCCAUCCUUCAAAUACAUCCCCUCAAUCCCAACCACCACCACCACAACAACAACCACCCCCUCCACCUCCUCAUCCAGCAACACCAACACCAACACCAGCAUAACCACAACCCUAAAAACCUUCAUCCGCGCAUUCCUCCUCCCAAAAGCCCUCCACAACAUGCACGCAUCCCUUCCCCACUCCCAAAAAGCCCGCAUGACCCGCAACCCCUCCCUAGCCUCGCACUUCCCGCACACAAUCAAGAUAACCCACUCCCCAACAAUCCUAAUCUGCGGCCACGGCGGCCGCGACAUGCGCUGCGGAAUGAUGGCACCAGCGCUGGAGGCCGAGUUUACGCGCGUGCUGCGCUCAGCCGGGUUUACCUCUGUCGGUAGUGAGGGCGGUGUUCUGGAUGGGCUGGAUCAUGCGAAUGUGGGCCUGAUUAGCCAUGUCGGUGGGCAUAAGUAUGCGGGGAAUGUUAUUGUAUAUAUCCCGCCGAAGAUGACGGUGCGAUCGACAGCAUCAGAGUCAGCGGAAACUACGGCGCUGCAUCCGUUGGCGGGCAAGGGGAUUUGGUAUGGGCGUGUUGAGCCUAGGCAUGUGCAGGGCAUUGUGGAGGAGACUGUGCUUGGGGGGCGGGUUGUGGUUGAUCAUUUUCGGGGUGGGAUUGGUCGGAAUGGGGAUAUUUUGAGAUUGUAG